AUGCAACAACAAAACAUCUGGAAAGUGGACACUGCUAGUGAAGUUGAGGAGCUGGAUAUUGAUGUUUCUCCGGCACCGUAUUCAGUCAGUAAAGGAGCAGCGAAACUCCAGGUCUUCAUCGCACGGUACAGUUACAAUCCCUAUGAUGGUCCUAAUGAUAACCCAGAGGUCGAGUUGCCCCUCACAGCAGGAGAGUACAUUUACGUCUAUGGAGACAUGGAUGAUGAUGGCUUUUACGAGGAAAACAGUAACUAUGUGCACAUUGUGUCUUUAAACGACGAGGAGUGUGAGCUGGUAAAGGCGGGAUGCUAUUCACUGUGCCUCAGCAACCUCACACCCAACAUGCAUUACAACGUUAAAGUGGAGGCCAGGCCGCACCGCACAGCCUGGGAACUACCGCUGGAGUGCCGAGAACGCAAAACCGCAGUGACCUCUUUCACAACCCAGACUGCAGGUCCUCCUGAUGCUCCUCUGGAUGUGCAGUUGGAGCAGGGCCCUUCUCCGGGAAUAGCUCAGAUCAGCUGGCUGCCCGUUACUAUAGAUGCUGCUGGGACGUCCAAUGGUGUACGAGUCACUGGCUACACCAUCUACGCUGACAAGAAGAAGGAGAUGUUUAGAAGAAUGUCCGCGCUGCUGGGGAUUUAUGCUAUCAAGAUCCAUAAGGGAUGA